AUGAGUACGGAUCGUCAAUUCUCGACGCCGGUCCAGAAUCAGGUGACGCUGAGCCGUCUGGCGCUGAUCCAACAGGCGGCCACUCGAAGCGGAGCCCUCCCGCCGGCCGGCCAGCACCGAAACAGCAAACUCUCGCCGUUCGACGUCUCCCAGAUGUCGGGCGUCUCGAUUUCGAUGGUCGAACGCGCGAAGAUCAACGGCUCCGAGUUUGUGGAGGAGUUGGAAUGGCUGCGGAAAGAGGCCGCCGCCCGUUGCUUCCUCGACGCCGAACUUUGGGUCAACGAGAUCCUCGCGUUCCUGCCCGACAAGUGGUGCACGCCCGCCGGAAUGGUCAGUUUGCGACGCACAAAAUGCGUUUGAAGUCGGAUAAAACACGACAUUUCCAGUAUUUUUUAGCUUUUCGAACAGCCGAAAAUGGUCGAAAACUAGCUGAAUCGCACUUGCAUCUCAACACAAUUCAUUUGCAGAACCUGUACAACACGACGUCGAAGCCGACGCAAAUGUACGACGACUCGUCGUUCAACGUCACCUCGCCGACGACUUCGGGCGCGUUUUCGCCGGGCUCAGAGGCGGUGCCGAUUGCGAAACGGGAGCAUCUCUCCCGUUUCGCCCAUACGCUCAUCAAGAAUCGCGAGUUCCGUCGGGCGGCGUUUUUUCUUGAAAAGACGGCGAAAAGCAGCAGGGCCGAUCAUUUUCUGCACUUUCGCUGCCUUUACCUGGCCGCCUAUCAGGACCAUUUGGAGAACGAUUCGGAGGGCGUCGAGCGGAAAACGAGUUUCGGCGAGGAGAAAUCGAAAUUUGCCGAGUUGCUGCAGCGGAUGGAGGACGAGGAUUUGCGCGAGAACGAGGACGUCUGGUUCGAGUACCUCAUGGGCCUUUUGGAGGUCGAAAUCGGGCUGAAAGAGCACGCCGGGCGCACUUUUAAAAACGUUUUGCGACGUGAUCCGAGGCUGUGGCCCGCCUGGGAAGGUCUUUCCCGUCUGAUCUCGGACAUUGAGGACGCCGAUCGAUUUGUGACUGCGAGCGAGAUGAAGUCGUUGUGGAUGGGCGACUGGUUCAUGGUCUUGGUCCUUCAGAGAUUCCAUCAAGACUCGAUGGCGAUCCAGAAGGCGGAGCAGUUGGUGACACGUGGCAUGACGGGCGUGCCGAUGAUCAUCACGAAGAUCGCGGCCUCGUCGAACGCGCGUCACGACCACGAUCAGGCGAUCGCCAACUUUGAGGACGUCCGAGCGAUGGACCCGUUCCGGCUGACGGAUCUACACCUGCUCUCCGACUCGCUCUACAUUCGAAAUGAUCUCAAAAAGCUGUCGGAACUCGCCCUGGAAAUCUACAAAGUGCACAAAUUUCGAUGGGAAACGUGCUGCAUCGUGGCCAACUAUCACGCGAUACGCAGAGAUUCGGAGCAUGCGAUCAAGUUUUUCCAACGGGCUCUGCGGCUGAAUCCGGGAAUUGCGGGCCUCUGGGUGCUCAUCGGACACGAGUUUAUGGAGUUGAAGAACAACGCGGCCGCCUGUGUUUCCUACCGAAGAGCCAUUGGUUAGUACUCUGAUUUACGGUGACGUUAACUUUUAACACUAUCGGUUUCCUGUGAGAGUUUUUUUUUCACUUUCGCCUCGUUUUCAGAACUCGACCCGGCCGAUCAUCGUGGCUGGUACGGACUCGGUCAAAUGUACGACAUCAUGAAGAUGCCCGCCUACUCGCUCUUCUACUACCAGGAGGCACAAAAGGCGAAACCGCACGACUCGCGGUUGCUCGUCGCGCUCGGCGAGGUCUACUCGAAGAUCAACCGGAUCGAGGACGCGGAGCAGUGCUUCACGGGCGCCUACCUCUUCGGCGACGUCGAGGGAAACGCGCUGUGGAAUCUGGCGAAGCUGCACGAGAAGCACGGCGACGAGGCGAAGGCCGCGCAGGUCUUCGAGGUCUUUCUCGUCGUCUACGAACUCGUCACGUCGGCCGAGGAGAAGAUCAUCUACGCGAUCGCCAACCUCGCCAACUUUUACUUCAAAUCGCAAAACUACGAGAAGGCCGCCGAGUUUGCCACCAAAUGUCUCGCCUAUGAAUCGGUACGACUUUGAGAAUCUAGCUCCAGAAAAACGUCCAAUUUUUGUACAAUAUUUGCCUUUUUUCAGCUGUGUCAAGAGGGAAAUCGACUGUUCCGCGAGAUUGCCAAGAUUCACUCGCGAGAGUUGGCGGUCGGAGCGGUGCCGGAAGACGGGACCGCAUCGGCCGACGCCGGGGACGAGCACGACGAAUUGGAAAUCGACGAGGGGUACUUUUCGGUUUUUUUUUUCGUCAAUUUACUGUUGAAGAACGAGAAUAUUCACUUUUUCCAUUAAAAGACUGAGAAUCUAGUUAAAAGUGUGCAGCAAAAGUGCAGAAAAGGGUCUUAACAUUUAUAUAUGUAUUUUCUGCAGAGGCGAAGAGGAAAUGUCGGAAGGCGAGGACGAGCUCUCAUUUUGA